UUGUGUGCACUAUCUAUAGUUUAUAAAGUAACUAGUGUGUGAACCUCUGUACUGAUGCUGCUGUGAUACCUGAAUUUCCCCUCUGUGGGACAAUAAAGGCUGUUUUUAUUAUUCUAUUCUAUUCUUUGUCCCAUUCAUUUCUGCUGACAUAUUUGUUUCUGUGAACAGGAGAACCCUUACCUUUGCAGUGAUGAGUGUGAUGCCUCCAGCCCUGACUUAUCUCACCCUCCUCAGCUGAUGGGAGACAGGGAGAGGGGUGGGUUGAUCACAUAUUGGCAGACAGUCACUUGGUCCCGGUAUCCUGAGCCCUUAUUGGCCAACAUCACUCUGUCAUGGAACAAGAGCCUUGAGGUGGUUGAUGAUAUCAUCAUCACUUUCGAGUAUGGCCGACCAACCAGUAUGGUGCUGGAGAAAUCCAUGGACAAAGGUGCAACAUGGCAGCCAUAUCAGUAUUAUGCUGAUGACUGUCUUGACGCCUUUGGCAUGUCGCCUAAACAAGUUUCAGAUUUAGCACCAACAAACCUAACUCGAGUUGUCUGCACAGAGAAUUAUUCCCGCUGGGUUGGAGCCAAGGAGGAAAAGAACGUGGUGUUUGAGGUGCGUGCUCGAUUUGGCGUAUUUGCUGGUCCAAAGCUGAUAAACAUGGAUGCUCUGUACACUCGAAUGGAGACAAUGAAAGGUCUAAGAGACUUCUUCACCUUUACCAACCUCCGACUACGACUCCUCCGUCCAGCACUAGGAGGAACCUAUGUACAAAGAGACAACCUGCUGAAGUACUUCUACGCUGUUUCCAACAUUGAUGUGCCUGCCAGGUGUAAAUGUAACCUGCAUGCAUCUCGAUGCACACUSCGUGAUGCAGCACUGCAGUGUGAAUGUGACCACAACACAACUGGACAGGACUGCCAACUCUGCCGUGGAGAUUUGAGACCUWACAGCUGGAGACCAGCAUCGUACCUGCCCCUGCCCAGAGGAACGGCAAACACCUCGGCUGGUGACUCUAACUCAGCAGCAUCUGACAGACCUUCUGCCUCAUCAGAUGGAGAGACUGAUACUACUACUACUACUACUGCUACUACUACUACUACUACUACUACUACUACUACUACUACU